AUGAAGUGGCUUGGGAUCCUCGGGCUGGUGGCCCUCUCAGAGUGCCUAGUCAUAAUCCCCCUAGAGAAGAUCAAGACCAUGCGAGAAACCCUCAGGGAAGAAAACCUGCUGACAAAUUUCCUCGAGGAGAACACUGACCACAGGUCCCAGAAUGCCACUGAUGACCCGAAUAUUUCUCUUCUACCCAUGAUUAACUACCUGGAUCUAUGCUAUGUUGGCAACAUCACCAUUGGAACACCCCCUCAGGAGUUCAGAGUCGUGUUUGACACCUCCGUAUCUCACAUAUGGGUUCCUUCCAGCAGCUCUUCCAGUCCCUUCAACCGUACACGCAAUCUCUUCAACCCUCAGUUGUCCACCACCUUCCGGUUCUCAAGCCAAUCGUUCGACUUCAAAUACGGCACUGAGAGGAUUGUUGGAAUUCUUGCCUAUGACACUGUUCGGAUCAUGAACCUUGUCAACCUGGGCCAGCCAUUUGUCCUGAGCACGAACCAGAGUGGAUUAUUUCGUGCAAAAUUUGAUGGUGCCCUGGGGCUGGCCUAUCCCAGCCGUGGUCCCAAUUGGUUCACCCCUGUUUUCGACAACCUGAAGACACAAGGCAUCAUUUCUCAGCCUGUCUUUGCCUUCUACUUGAGCACUGGGAAGGAGAAUGGCAGCGUGGUGAUGUUUGGUGGGGUGGACCACAGCUACCACAAAGGAAGGCUCAAGUGGGUACCAGUGUCCCGAGCCCACUACUGGCAGAUAACCAUGAGCCGCAUCACCGUGAACGGGUUGGUUGUUGGUUGUUACCAUGGAUGCCAGGCCAUUCUGAGUACCGGGACUAUGUUGCUGGCUGGCCCAACUAGACCGGUCGCCACCAUCCUGAAGUUCAUCAAGGCGAUCCCUUUCCAUGCACAGUACGUGGUUCCAUGUAGCAACAUGACGAGCCUACCUGCUAUCAUCUUCACCAUCAAUGGCAAUGACUACCUAGUCCCCCCUGAAGCCUACAUCUGGAAGGGUCCUUUCGGCACCUGUAUAAGCCAGAUUCGAGGGGGCACAGACACCUGGGACCAGUUGGAGAUCUGGGUCCUGGGUUAUCCCUUCUUGAGGCAGUAUUUCUCAGUUUAUGAUCGGGGAAACAACAGGGUUGGCCUGGCUCCCGCAGUAUAA